UCUUGUUUCGGGAAGAACCUUAAUCUGAAUGUUGUAGUUAGCUAUACUUCACUCCGCUUUAGCCAUCUCUGCCACUUCCACCCUCGGUUUCAGCCCCACUGGUUGCACACAUGGUCGACCAAGACCAACCCCAAAGUCAGCCGCAGCUGCAGUCACAGUCGCAACCGCUGCCCCAAAUUCAAGCACAAUCUCACCAUGAAAACGCACUCGCCAUCAUUCCCUCCGAAACCCCAAUCUCCACCGACGUAGCCAUUGUUCCCCCGCAUACGAUUUCGCCUCCUUCAAAAAUCCCGUUCCGUCCUCGAAAAAUCCGCAAAUUGUCUCCUGAUAACGGCACGGACCCCACCUGUUCCUCUCAACAAAUCGUAACGGCCAAAACAGAGCCGACCAAAACCACUUCAUCGAAAUCUUCGAAAUCCCGAACCGCUCAACACCAAUCAGGCAUAAUGGUUCCGGGGAUUAUUGCGCGGCCGUUAUCCUCAGAAGGCGAGGUCGACAUCGCAAUUCGACAUCUCCGAAACGCCGAUCCACUCUUAUCUGCAUUAAUCGACCUACAUCCGCCUCCAACUUUUGAUACGUUUAAUACUCCGUUUUUAGCCCUAGCUCGAAGUAUCCUUUAUCAGCAGCUGGCUUUCAAGGCUGGCACGUCGAUCUACACGCGCUUUAUCUCACUUUGUGGUGGCGAGGCUGGAGUGGUUCCUGAGACAAUUCUUGCUUUAACCCCGCAACAGCUCCGACAAAUCGGAGUUUCGGGACGAAAGGCGAGUUACCUUCACGAUCUAGCUAGAAAGUAUCAAAAUGGGAUAUUAUCUGACUCAGCGAUUGUAAAUAUGGAUGAUAAAUCGCUUUUCACUAUGCUUACAAUGGUUAAUGGAAUCGGGUCGUGGUCUGUUCACAUGUUCAUGAUUUUCUCGCUUCACAGACCGGACGUUCUCCCUAUCAAUGAUCUUGGGGUGAGAAAGGGAGUUCAGUUGUUGCAUAAUUUGGAGGAGUUGCCAAGGCCGUCCCAGAUGGACCAGCUUUGUGAGAAAUGGAGGCCGUAUAGAUCGGUGGCUUCGUAUUAUCUUUGGAGGUUUGUGGAAGCUAAAGGGACACCUUCUAGUGCCGCGGCAGUGGCAGCAGGAGUGGCACUGCCUCAACCACAGCAAGAGGAGCAACAGCAUCAGCAGCAGCCGCAGCUUAUGGAUCAGAUAAAUAGCCUUAUCAACAUCGGGGCUUGUGCUUGGGGACAAUAGCAAGUGGAAUGCAGAGGAGAGGUUUCUUAAUCAACUCUGUCCAUUUUUCAGUUUGAAGUGAAGCGCUUCAAAGCAAUGCUGAUAUACUGGUGGGAAAUUUAGCUGCUGGAAGUUAGGACAUUCAAGGCCUUGGGUGUUUUGAGUUGGUAUCUGGUAGUACUUCUCUGAGAAUAAAUAAAGAUCAUGUGUGCUCAAGUUCUUUUACGGUAAGACACAAUCUCCAGCCGCCAAGUGUUCUCUUGUAGGAUAUUAUAGAAUCAAAUGCCUACAUGCUUUUGACCUUGAAUUGUGAUUAGCCCCUUUGUUGAACUUCAUUAUAUCUCCAUUGCAUCUUUGUAAAUCUUGACUACAUUACUCGUGUUUGAACAUUUAACUAGACUCAGAGCUUUUUAUCUAAAAUAUGCACUUUAUUGAAUGAA